UAUUCCUAUCGAAAGACUCCUCUGAGUACAGAUAAUGUGUGUGGUGUCAAUAGUAUAUAAAUAUAUACACCCUCACACACUCACACACAGAGACACUCCUGCCCCGCUGUCACUCUGUGUGUGGAUUUGCUUGGAGCAGAUGGUCAAAAAUGACAUUCUCUGGGUGGAUUCUGGCUUUAUGUCUGCUGACUUUAAAAGGACAAAGCCAAGCAACACAGGCAGAGGGAGGAAAAGGCAGUGAAAGGAACUGCUCCAUAGUGCCUCCAUACUUGCCUCCAACAGCAAUUAAUACAACUAGGCAGCUACAUGAUCUGAGAGCAGUCAUGAAAUUAUACAACAUCUCGGCCUACAUUAUACCUGGAACAGAUGCCCACCUGAGUGAGUACAUUGCCCAGCGAGAUGCCAGGUUAACCUGGAUGUCUGGUUUCACUGGUUCUUCGGGCACUGCAGUCGUGACCCAAGACAAAGCAGUGUUAUGGACUGAUAGUCGUUACUGGGUUCAGGCAGAGCGCCAGAUGGACUGCAACUGGGAACUGGAACAAGAUAUUUCCAUUUCCAGCAUCACCAAGUGGCUCAUCAAAGAGCUCAGUGAUGAAGAUCAGGUGGGAUUUGAUCCAUUUCUGUUCUCUGUAGACAAAUUUGGUGCCUACAACAACAACCUGGCUCCAGCAAAACGGAUCCUCACAUCUAUUCCUGAUAACCUGGUGGACAUAAUAUGGGCUACACGGCCGCCUCUUCCUCCUGAUAACCUUACACGUCUGCCUGAUGACUUCAUUGAGAGAACCUGGCAGAUGAAGGUGGAUCAUAUACGGGCUCAUAUGGUCAACAAUCCCUACAAGCCUACAGCUGUCCUGCUCUCAGCUCUGGAUGAAACAGCAUGGCUCUUCAACAUGCGUGGCAAUGACAUUCCCUUCAAUCCAUUUUUCUACUCCUACACACUGCUGACUCUUGAUAAGAUAUGGCUCUUUGUGCACACUAAAAGGCUGACAGAAGAAAUUAAGGUCUACUUGAACUCAUCCUGCACCCUGUCACACUGCGUACAGCUGUUUGAAUACGAGACUGUCCGAGAGCACCUCAAGAAGUACCUCACGGAGCUCGAUGUGAGAGUGUGGGUGGGCACUGAGUACACUAACCAGGCCUUGUAUGAGCUCAUCACUCCAGAGGAGAAGCUCCUGCAAAGUGAAUACUCUCCAGUGUUGACCACCAAAGCAAUCAAAGACGAGACUGAGCAGAAAAUCCUUCGAGCAGCUCAUGUAAGAGAUGCUGUAGCAGUCAUGCAGCUCCUACUUCAACUUGAGAGAACUGUCCCUGAAGGCAAGGAGACUGAGCUUACUGCAGCAGAGCUCGUCAAUGUGUACCGCAGUAUGCAAAAAUUCAGCAAGGGGCCAAGCUUUGAUACCAUUUCUGCAAGUGGACCUAAUGCAGCUCUUGCCCAUUAUAGUCCAUCUAAUGAAACUGCAAGAAAGCUGACAACAGAUGAGAUGUAUCUGAUUGAUUCAGGAGGGCAGUACCUUGAUGGUACAACUGACAUUACUCGCACCGUGCACUGGGGUUCACCCACUAAAUUUCAGAAGGAAGCCUUCACAAGAGUGCUUAUGGGAAACAUUGAAAUAUCCAGGACCAUCUUUCCAGCAGGAACUAGAGGUGUCAACAUGGAGAUGCUAGGGCGCAGAGCCUUGUGGGAAGUCGGUCUGAAUUAUGGUCAUGGUACAGGUCAUGGUGUGGGAAACUACUUUGGAGUUCAUGAAUGGCCUGUUGGUUUUCAGUCCAAUAAUAUUCCAUUCCAGCAAGGCAUGUUUACAUCUAUUGAACCUGGCUAUUACAAAGUGAAUGAAUUUGGAAUAAGGAUCGAGGAUGUUGCUGUUACUGUUCCAGCUAAAACAAUGUAUGGCAAUAAUUACCUGACAUUCGACACCGUGUCACUGGUCCCCUAUGACAGAAAAUUGAUUGACACUUCGAUUCUCAGCCCUGAACAGCUCCAAUGGCUAGACACAUACUACCUGACCAUCCGAAAUGCAAUGGGUCCAGAGCUGAUGAGGCAGGGUCUGACGGAUGUCUAUAAUUGGAUGAUGCAAAAUACAGAGCCAUUUCUGAAGACGGAGUCUUCGGCUGCCGUCCCCUCAAUCUCACUCCUGCUGCUACUUCUGUCUAUAGCUUUACUGUAGAAUCUCCUAUAAAUGUCCCACAGCUUUACUGUCGAAUCUGUUAAAAACACAAUCUGUCUGUUCAUAACACAUCUGCCACCACUCCUUUACACUCAAACUGCUGAUCAUGGUCACUUAAGCAAUUUCUGUAUGUCUCAACCCCUUUUUAAUAAAGGUAAAGAAUCAGCCUAAUUGGAAAAAGGUACAUAAAAAGGUCUUCUAAGACAUAAUGAAACCGAAUUUUUACAGUCUUUACAUGCACAGUAUAAAAAGGCACAAAAUUAAAUUCAAUUCUGAGCAGUGAUAGGAGGCAAAAGCAACUGAUGACUCAUACCUGGAAAAAAGUCAAUGCAGUAUCUCCUGAGUAUUUUUAGCAUUUAAACUGCCGUGAUAAUGAACAGAAAUGGCUGUGCUUGUUUCCAGUGCAGCAGAGCUGGGCUUUUAUUCCUGUUGCUGUUCAAAUCUCAAUCUAGUUACUGUUUUGUGUAUGUGUGUGAUGAAUUUGAUUUUGAGUUUGUAAUUUAUAUGGACAGAGGGGUACCUCUAAUAAUCAUUGAUGAUUUGAUAAUUUAUUAAAGAAUAAGUGUAUUUAAAAUCUACAGAGUCCAUGUGAAGUUUUCAAAUGCACAAUAAACUCAGAUUUUACUCUA